CAUUCAACAACAAUACAAUAUCAUACCAAGUGUGGUGAUUAGUGUAGUGUUCUAAAAGUUUUUGUUAGCUGCACAGGUGUCCAUAAUAAAUAAGUUGUUAAUAUUACAGUUUUCGUUAUUAUAUGUUUUAUACGAUUUUCUGUCAUUAAAACUAUAAUAUAAUUUAAAAUUUAAUCUGUGUAAUCGAAAAAUUUAAUCGUGUAUGUAUUUCAACCGGUGUACGUCGUAAAUUCUGUGAGUUAUCAGACGUUCUGUCUUUUCGAAUUCUGUUCAUAACGUUUGCUACAGCUACGUAAAGCCGUAGUAUAAUUAAUUUUAUAAAAUUGAUCAAUACAACAACCAGAUAAAUUAUAACUACAAUCAAGAUGUCUUCCUCCCAGUAUUCAUAUAUAUUCAAAUAUAUUAUUGUUGGUGACAUGGGAGUUGGUAAAUCAUGUUUACUGCAUCAAUUCACUGAACAAAAAUUCACUGCUGAUUGCCCUCAUACUAUUGGAGUUGAAUUUGGUACUAGAAUUAUUGAAGUAUCUGGCAAAAAAAUUAAACUUCAAAUUUGGGAUACAGCUGGACAAGAGCGUUUCCGAGCUGUCACUAGAUCCUAUUAUCGUGGAGCAGCAGGAGCAUUGAUGGUGUAUGAUAUUACUAGGCGGUCAUCUUAUAAUCAUCUUAGUAGUUGGUUGUCUGAUACUCGUAAUUUAACAAAUCCUGGCACAGUUAUUUAUUUAAUUGGAAAUAAACUGGAUAUGGAAGCUAAUCGUGAUGUAUCUUAUGAAGAAGCCAAGCAGUUUGCUGAAGAAAAUGGUUUGAUGUUUUUGGAAGCUAGUGCUAAAACUGGUGAAUACGUAGAAGAUGCAUUUUUGAAAACUGCUCAAAUAAUUUAUGAGUGUAUACAAGAUGGAAGGUUGGAUUUAAAUGCUGCAGAUUCUGGAGUUCAACAAAAAAUUCUUUCAUGUGAAGUUAAUCCCAAUGUUGAAAAGGAUAAAACGUGCAUGCAAUGUUAAAACACAUGAAUGAAUAAUUGUACUCUAGCGUUAACAAAAAACUAUCCUCUGUGUAAUCCUUUAAAUUAUUUCAGUGAUCUUCUACAGGAUGAAAUCUUGUAUCGUAUAUCAUGAUGUUAAUAUUAUUAUAUUAUUUUGUCUACAGUAAUAACCAUUUUAAGACAUUCAUUAUAGGUAUUAUUGUUUGUGGUUUUAUAUAUAUAUAUAAAUAUGUGUGUACGUAUGGUUUAUUUUGAACACAUACCUACUCACACA